AUGGGCUCAACGGCAAGCCCAGGGUAUGGCGGGCGUUCGGGUCAAACCCUCUGCCAGUGUAUGCCUUCGCGGGCGUCUCUGGCGGAUUCGGACUUGGUGUGUCGUCAAGACAGUGGCAACAACAGACCACGUGACCAAAGCACAGUCUCAGAAUCUUCCAAAAGGUUUCGUGCAGAGUUCCUAGAAGACUGGCCACAGACCCCUGGAGCCCCUUAUUUUGAUCCAAGCACACCUGACAACGUGACCGGUUUAGUUGGACACUCGGUAACGUUGCUGUGCAAAGUGAAGAAUUUACAAAACAGAACGGUGUCAUGGGUGCGUCAUCGCGAUAUUCAUUUGCUGACGGUAGGGCGGUACACGUACACCUCAGAUCAGCGAUUCGAGGCGCAGCACAAGCCGCGCUCCGAGGAGUGGGCGUUGCGCAUACGCAGCCCGCAGCGCCGCGACUCCGGACAAUACGAGUGCCAGAUCUCUACAACACCACCUAUUGGACAUCCUGUGUAUCUCAAUAUCGUAGAACCAGAAACAGAAAUCAUGGGUGGUCCAGAUCUCUUCAUAUACGCGGGAUCAACAAUAAAUUUGACGUGCAUUGUGAGACAUACACCAGAACCGCCAAACACUAUAAACUGGACUCAUCGAGGAAAGACGAUAAAUUUCGACUCUAGCCGAGGCGGGAUCUCGCUGGUCACAGAGAAGGCUGUCCAUAGUAGCAGUAGGCUCUUGGUUCAAGCCGCACGCACGUCUGACGCUGGCGCAUAUCAAUGCGUGCCUGACAAUGCGCAGAUGGCCACAGUGCGCGUGCACGUGCUUACUGGUAAGUAUUUUGAUUAA